GCCGGCGUCGGAGGGGCGGGGCGCGGUCAGCCGGCGUCUAGGUAACUGGCGCCUGCGCAGAGGCCCCGAAGCGGCGCCGGUGACCGGGACUCCUGGGAGGCUUCUGCACAGCCUCGCCGGCGGAGCUCGCUCUUGCGCCGCAUCAGUUCCUUCGGUCCAGCCCGACGCGCGGCUCGGCCAUGAACCGAUGCGCGGAAGCGGCGGCAGUGGCGGCCACGGUGCCGGGCGCGGGCGUCGGAAACGCCGGGCUGCGGCCGCCCAUGGUGCCCCGCCAGGCGUCCUUCUUCCCGCCGCCGGUGCCCAACCCUUUCGUGCAGCAGACGCGGAUGGGCGCUGCCAGGCGCAUCCAGAAUUACUUUCUUGGAAUCAUACUGCUUCCAAUUCGUACCUUACUGCUUGCAUUAAUUUUACUGCUGGCAUGGCCAUUUGCUGCAAUUUCAACAGUGUGCUGUCCUGAAAAGCCGAACCACCCGAUAACUGGUUGGAGGAGGAAAAUUACUCACCCAGUUUUGAAGUUUCUGGGUCAGGCCAUAUUCUUUUCAAUGGGAUUUAUAGUUACUGUGAAAGGAAAGAUCGCAAGUCCUGUGGAAGCACCAAUUUUUGUUGUUGCCCCUCAUUCAACAUUCUUUGAUGGAAUUGCCUGUGUCAUUGCUGGGUUACCAUCUAUGGUAUCUCGAUAUGAGAACGUGCAGGUCCCUCUGAUUGGCAGAAUAUUACGAGCUGUGCAACCAGUGCUUGUGUCCCGUGUAGAUCCGGAUUCUCGAAAAAACACAAUAAAUGAAAUAAUAAGGCGAGCAACAUCAGGAGGGGAAUGGCCCCAGAUACUAGUUUUUCCAGAAGGUACUUGUACUAAUCGUUCCUGUUUGAUUACUUUUAAACCAGGUGCCUUCAUUCCAGGAGUUCCAGUGCAGCCAGUCCUCCUCAGAUACCCAAACAAGCUGGAUACUGUGACUUGGACUUGGCAAGGAUAUACAUUCAUUCAGCUUUGUGUGCUUACUUGCUGCCAGCCAUUCACAAAGGUGGAAGUCGAAUUUAUGCCUGUUCAAGUACCAAGUGAUGAAGAAAAAAGUGAUCCUGUCCUUUUUGCUGGUAGAGUCCGGAAUUUAAUGGCAGAAGCUCUGGGAAUUCCAGUAACAGAUCACACCUAUGAAGACUGUAGAUUGAUGAUUUCAGCAGGGCAGCUAACAUUACCUAUGGAAGCUGGCUUGGUGGAAUUUACCAAAAUUAGCCGGAAAUUGAAGUUAGAUUGGGACGGUAUCCGCAAGCAUUUGGAUGAAUACGCAGCAAUUGCAAGUUCGUCAAAAGGCGGAAGAAUCGGAAUUGAGGAAUUUGCAGAGUAUUUAAAGUUACCUGUUUCAGAUGUCUUGAGACAACUUUUUGCACUCUUUGACAGGAACCACGAUGGCAGUAUUGACUUCCGUGAGUAUGUGAUUGGCCUCGCAGUCUUGUGCAACCCUGCCAACACAGAGGAGAUCAUCCAGGUGGCAUUUAAGCUCUUUGAUGUUGAUGAGGAUGGCUGCAUAACAGAGGAGGAGUUUUCCACCAUUCUGCAGGCUUCCCUUGGAGUGCCUGACCUUGAUGUUUCUGGUCUUUUCAAGGAAAUAGCCCAGGGGGAUUCUAUUUCCUAUGAGGAAUUUAGAGGUUUUGCCCUAAAGCAUCCGGAAUAUGCUAAGUUAUUUACAACCUACUUGGACCUUCAGGCAUGCCAUGUGUUCUCACUACCGAGGGAAGUCCAGGCCACUCCCUCCGUCGCCAGUAAUAAAGUCAGCCCUGAAAAUGACGAGAGCACCUCAGACAAAAAAGAUGACUGACAUUUCCCAAUCAGGAAAAUGCAGGGACCUUUACCUGUAAUUGUGAAGGCAUUUAUUAAUAGUAUUUUUAAUGUAAUUGUUGGGCAAUAAUGAUGCUUAAUGGAAAGCUUCUUUGUAAAAGUGAUAGAUUUUCUUAUGAAAAUGCUUUUAUUUACAUUUGUGUAUCAAGUAACAUUCCUUUUCUUCUGUGUUAUGCUCUAUUGAUUGGGUUACUGGUGAUAAAUAUGUUUUUAUGGAUUUUCCCAUUUAAUUUGCAUAUCCAAAUGAAUGAGAUGGUCUCACAUACUGAUAAGCAUUGAUCAACACUGUGAAGAGUUUAAAAAGUAUCCAUACUUUUUAAUCUACUUCUCUCUAAAGAAAUAAAGUAAUAUUCUAUUGCCUUUAAUCCUUUCCCAUUCUGGAAAUAGGAAUGAAGAGUCCAAGGAACAUUGCAGAAUCUUAUACCUUGAACUUCACAGAUUUAUUUUUUCCACUUCCUCUUCAGUUUCUCGGCUCACUGAGUGGGUGGAUUGGAAGGGAGAGGUCCAAACUCAUACCCUCUUUAGUAUGCCUCUUGACUGCAGAUUUCCUUAACCACCUUCUAAGGAAAUCAUGCGAUUUUGCAGGACCUACAGAUUUAGAACUUUUUCUUAAAGACAAGGCCGACGGCCAAAGGCUGUGAGAAUUGCCUUUAUUGUAAGUAACAUCGAUUACCUAAUGAGAAAAUGAACGGUUGCCAGAGUUUAGUUUGAGUUGGAUAGUUCAGAAUGCAGUACCUGCCUAAUAAAUGAUUCAGAUUUGCUCUAUUUAUAUAUUAGAAUUAAUCUAUUUUAUCAUCUAAGUGGGAAUUUCAUUUUACUAAGUGUCCUCAUAUUUCCAAGCUUGUCUGAAAUAUCUAUAGGGAAAACUCAAAAUGUUCCAAAGUAUCACCAAAAGCUAGGAAACCCAAAACCCUACUUAAGAGGAGACCACAGUUUAACCCCCAGACAGGAUCUAAGAGUGGUAUCUUUCCUUUAGGUUAAGCAGUAAUUUCCCUCAAAUGCCAUUUUUAUUGUAUGUUGUACAGAUGCAUAUUGUUAAUAUCACUUAAUGUUUGAAAUCUUGAACAAAGAACCAAUUUAUAAAUAUAAUGUAUAAAAAGAGUUGGUUCGUUUCUGCAUUCAGUCUCUGAAAUCAAACUCUGUCUUGGCUAUGUUUCUGAUUGGUGAGUCAUCCCCAGACUAAUUUUUUAAGCCAUUUUUGAAGUUGAGAAGUCCCAUAAGAGGCAUUGGAAUUUAUAUUUAAUUAAGAGUCAUGAUUUCAAACUAGUUUUACAUAUUAAGCAGUUAAUGUUCCAUUUAAUGAGUAAAUAUGUGUUUGAAUAAUUGCUUACUAAAAAGUUUCAUCCUUGAGUACCUAUAAUUGUUUGCUUUUUUAUAUGUCUUAAAGCUAUUUAGACAAAGCAUUGAAUGAGAUGAAAACAAUUGCUUAAGUAAUUAGGAUAGUACAGAUUUACAAGUGUCUAUCAUAUGAAAUUGAAUGUAUGUAAUACCCAGGUAUCAUGAUUGUUCUUUAUCCUAGAAAAGCCAUGUUAAUCCUAUUAAUCAUGAAAAAUUAGCAUUGUAAAUUAAAAGCUUUUUGUGAGGCUCUUGAAAAUGAUCCCAUUUUUUUCCUGCUUGAAAAUAAUAUUUUAUGCUCUUUAAGUCAUCUUCUGCCAAUGUAAUAUUCCUAUUUUAUUAUGUUACUGAAUAGAAAAACUUGCUACAUAAAAUUCUAGGCAAUUAAAUAAUUCUGGUUUUGCAAUCUUGUCUCAAAUGUAAUAUACCUUUUUAAAAUGGUUUGAAUAUAAGUUUGCAUACUUAUGAAUGUGAUUAAUCCUUUUUGUUUGCAUUUAGGCUUUAUGAAGUGUCAAACAUGAUUUUACUCUAAUGAAAAAACUCAAAUUUUAGCCAAAGUAGCAAUAGCCAGUAUUCCUAAAGAAAUUGGCUUUGACUGGUGGGGUGUGUAUAAUAACACAAGUCAUGACCAUUAGUAUAUUAUUACAGACUCUACUUAAGUCAUCUUAACAAAGAUUCCCAUCAAAGAGGGUUUUUCCCCCUCAGAAUUUAAAGUAAGGAAUUAAAUUUCACUAAAUCAAUUAAAUGUACUAUGGUUUUAUAUAAUAGUUUGAAAAAAAAUAAGUUGCUCUUUGAAAUAAAUACUAGAUCCUAAAUCCUGUAAACCAUAAAAAUUUCAAUCAAAAUAGUUCUGUUAAGGAUAGUGACAUACUAAAUGUUUAGAAGCAAGUUGCUUGCAUUAUGUAUAUUUAAUUCUCAUCUGCCACUGCCUUUAGAGUUUUGGAAGGCUAGCUAGUAAUGGAACUUCAGUGGAUAUUUAAAACAGAGACCUCCUCCCUUUCCAAAGACGUGGGGUCCGCUGCCUGCAUGAAGGACAACAGUGCGGAGAUCUGAUUCCCGGAUUCAGGAUUUCUCCCCUUCAGAGUGUUACAAAUCCAAGGUGGUUAAUUGCAGUUAAUUGAUGCUCCACGAGGGGCAUUGACUGAACCUAAACAGGUGGGCUCCCUACCACAAAGAUGCUUGUGUAUUUGUUUUUAGACAGCAAUCACUAAAGAUAUUAGUAAGAAACCAUUCCCUAGGCAAGCAGACAUAUUUACAAUCCUUUGUUUUUCUCUUUUCUGUUCACUUAGGUGAACUUUUCAGUUUUUUAAAAAAUUAUUAUGCCUAUGAGUUUUAAAGCAUUGCUAUGUUUAGGCAUGCAGGAGGUGAAGGCCCUCACAGAGUUCUUGACAUAUAUCCAAUAUACAUAUCACAAACUUUGGUAAAUAGGGUAAUAACCUGAGACCUUUUGUCCUUUUUACCCCAUGUAAUGUAACUUGUUUCUAGGUAAGUCUCCCUUCUGACAAUCUUCUCAGGUGUGUAUGUAAGAACUAGCACCUUCUAACAAAUUGUGUCCAAUACAUUUUGAUACCAGCUUGCUAUUUUUUCCUAACAUGGUAACCUUAUCAUUUUCUUAUAAAAGAAUCUCUGUAUAUUAGAAAAUAAAAAAAGUACAGAAAGGAAAAAAAAUCAUGUUUACUUCUACCACCACCCAAAUUAACUAUUAUUAAUUUUUUGGCACAUUUUAUUUCACCUUUUUUUUUAGAUAUUCUUACACUCUCAAGAUAAAAAUGAAUAUGGUAUUUUACAUCCUGUUUUUUCACUUGCAAUGUAAAAUUUUUUCAAUUUUCCAAUGUCAUAAAAUUCUCUGUAAAGGUAAAUUUUUAAAAAUAUAUCUAAUAUUCCUUCAUAUAGUUACAAUGCAUGUAUCACUCUUCUCAUAUUGAGCAUGUGAGUUUGAUUUUCAUUUUGGGACUAUAAAAAAUAUCCAACUCAAUAUUCCAUAAUAGUUCAUAAUUAGGGACAGUUUGCUAAGCAAUGUAUUUAUAAUUUAUACUUCCUGAGUUCCAAAAUGAAAAAUUUAGAAAAGGUUUUAUAAUUAUUAAAGUUUGUUUUAAGCUAAUAUUAUUACAAGAAAAAAUUUUUCCUAGAUUACAUAGACUGUAGUAAUUUUAACUUCAUGUCGUAAUUAACAGGUUCAUGUCUUUUAAAGGUAAGUUCUUUUAAAAAAUAUUUUUCCCAUUGUAAAAGUAACAGAUUUACUAAUUAUUACAAUAACUAAUAAUUUGGAGUGCUUACUAUGUAUUAGACAUUGUGCUAAGUGAUUUACAGGUACCAAAUCACUUAAACACUUAAUGAAGCAUAGGUACUUGUCCCUAGUUUUACUGAACAAAAUUUAGAACUAUCCCUAAGUCACUCAUUAAAUGGCAGAGCUUGGAAUUAAAUCUGAUUUUUUCCCAAGGCCAUGCUUCUAAUUAUCUACAUAUAGCUGCAUUAUUUACAUAUAGCUACCUGAUUUAUAGAAUUUAACAGAUUUGGCAUCUGCCAUAUAUUUGCCUACAUGUGGGUUCCAGAUACCAAAGUUUGACUCAGUUUUUAAAAGAAAGACAGGUGGUUCAAAAUGGUUCUGAGCAGUGGUUGAGAUAGGAAAAGAUUGGUGAAACAGCCCAGCAAGGGUGACCUCCUGACCCUCUUCCUUGUGGCCCAGUAUAGGUCAGUGAAAAGCCCUAAAACCUUCCUGUACAAAUAAUCCAAGUCAUUGUAAACCAAAGGCUUGGUCCUCACGAUUCCUCCAUCAUCUGUUUUCUUUGUGAGUGAUGGUAGAGCAUGAAUUCUCCACUUCUUAUGGGUCCCUAUUGCAAUGGCCUUUUCAGUCCCAUCUCUGUUCUCAGAGUAAAGUAUAUGAUCAAUAAAGUAAAGGUUGAGGAAACCGAAGUCUAAGUUAAAGUUGGAAUAUCUAGGACCUUUGUUCUAACUUGUGGAGCAGCCGCAUUGCUGUUCUCCCAGCUUAUGCGUUUGCCCUCCUGUAUGUUCUCUUGCCAUACAGAAAGCACAGAAAGUGAUCAUUUUAAAGCAUCAACCAGGUAUCACUCCUCCAGUAAAAGGCUACCCAUUGCAAUUAGGAUAAAAUCCCAAAUAUUCAACCUGGCCUGCAAGGCCCUACAUGGUCUGGCCUCUAUCUACAGCCUGCAUCGCAACCACCUCCAACUACUCCCCGACUGAACACCUACCAGCCAAUCUUUCUUUUCCUCAAAUUGGCUAAAGCCCCUGCAAGCCUCAGGCGCUCUGUGCUGCUGUUCCCUCUGGCUAGAAUGUUCUUUCCCAAGCUUUCUCUUCAUUCAGACUUUAAAAACCCAAAGCAGCUUUAUCAAGAUAUGACUCACAUACCAUACAUUUCACCAUCAAAAGUUAUUUUAAUAUAUUCUAUUCUAGAAUAUUCACAGAGUUCUGCAACCAUCACAACUAAUUUAAUUUUUUACUUCAAUGGAUUUGAAAUCAAUGUCAUAUCAUGAAAUUGGAAUCCUCCAUGACCUAAUCAAAAGCACCUGCUCCGUCUCUAGACAUUCUCAAUCCUUAUACCCUUUUGUUACUGCAUUUGAACUUCUGUGAAGUUAUUUGUUUAUAUGUUUAUCAUCUGUUAUUCCUAGCACUUAGAAGGUGUGCCUCACACAUAGUAAACACUUGAUAUUUGGUGAAUAAAUAAUGGUAUCAUCUUUCAUUUAGUGUGAAUUGCAUUGUAUUAGAAUAGAGGUCAUCUUUACAAUGGACACGAAAACCUGGGGUUAUGAUUCCUAAACCUCAUAUAAAAAUUAAAAUUCAGAAAGGUCUUAUCACUUGCUUGGAGUUUCAUAGCUGGUGGGUACCAGGGCUGAAAUUCAAAUCCAAGGCAAUCUGGCUCAGAAGCAGAGGACUUGAACCCAUAAAAUAACUAUUCCAUGAGAGGUUUCAGGUUCCAGAAACAUGGAAACCAGAUGAUCUGAGAACCCUCUAGCCUCCAAGCCCACAGAAUGCUGAACAGAUUAUCACAAACAUAUUUGAAAUGUGUAACUGAGUAUGCAGAUACUAAAGGAAAUUCUCAGGGCCACAAAUGAAAAGGGAGUUAACCAGAACUGUGUGAAGGCAUGAAUGGUACAGGUAACCUGUGGACCUUUGUCAGUUUCAGUGUCAAAGGGGCUUAGCAUUUUGUGGCUGUGGGAGAUCAAAGACAAGAUUUUUAAUAUAAGGUGGGGAUUUGGAACUAAGAGUGGCUAUAAAGAGUGAACUAAGGACCACUGGUGGCUAUGAAAAUGUUUUGUACCUUGUCAGUAUCUGUGUCAGUAUCCUGGUUGUCAUACUGUAUAAUAGUUUUGUAAGAUGUUACCACUGGGGGAAACUGGCCAAGGGUACACAGGCUCUAUUAUUUCUCACAACUGCUUGUGAAUCUACAAUUAUCUCAAAAUAAAAAGAUCAAUUUUCAAAAACCUCUAGGAAAAUUAAGAGAGAAACAACUUUAGAAAUUUAAGAGGGGGCACAAUUCCGUAUUUGAAAAGAAUUUUAAAAUCUUAAAAGAACACUAUGAAACACAUUCAGUAUAUUUGAAAAUUUAGGUCAAAUGAAUAGGUUUAGGAAAAAUCUAACAAAUCUAAGGAGAAGAAGAAAGCCUGAAUAGCUGUAUAAUCACUAUAGAAAUUUAAUUCAUAGCUUAAAAUCAACUCCCCAGAAUAACCCCCAGAUGGUAUUAUAGACAAGUUUUAAAUGUUCAAGACAUAGAUAACCCUAAUAUUAUACAUACUUCAACUGAGAAAACUAGUGAUAUCAAAACUGUUGAGUUUUGGUAAAUAUGAAAAUGGUCAGUAAUUAUUCUACUUCAUGUAUAAAUAUAGAUUCAGUUACCAAAUACAAUCCAACAAUGUAUAGAAAAAUUAAUUCAUGAUCAGGUUGGACUUACUCCAGGAAGGCAGGGAUGCUUUGAUAUUAGAAAAAGUUUAAUGUGAGUGAAUACUGCAUUACUUUCCUAUUGCUUCUACAACAAAUUACCACAAAUUUAGUGGUUUGAACAAUGAAAAUUUAUUAUCUUAUUCUGGAGGUCACUGGGUCUCACUGGGCUAAGAUCAUGGUGUCAGCAAGACUGCAUUCCUUCCUUCUGGGGGCCUUAGGGGAGAACUUUUUCUUGCCUUUUGCAGUUCUAGAAGCUGCCAGCAUUCUUUGGUGUGUGGCCUCUGACUCCAUUUUCACAGCUACCAAAGAGAUGACCACUGUUUUAAUUUCUGUCACUGUAGAUUAGCUUUGUUCUAUAAAUUGAUACAAAUGAAAUGAUAAGGUAUAUACUUUAAGUACAUGAAGUAUGAACUCUUUGAUGUUCACUUUCUUUUGCAAAAUGUAUCAGAUUCAUUUAUCUCUGUUGGUGUAUACUAUUAUGUGAUAGAAUUCCAUUGUAAUAAUAUACCUCAAUUUCUGUAUCCAUUCUCCUGUUGAUAAGACAUUUGAGUUGUUUUGAGUUUUUACUAUUAUGAAUAAAGAUGCUUUGAAUAUUCAUUUACAAGU